AUGUUAAGUGUUUCCGGUUUGUGUCUUGACCUCCCCGACAGGUCGACACUAUUUAAGGAUCUUGGAUUCUCGCUCAGAGCUGGAGAGACUCUGUGUGUCCGUGGACCUUCUGGAUGCGGAAAGACCACCUUAUUGAAAGCAAUAGCUCAGUUACAGCCAUACAAGAGUGGGCUUGUAGCUCUGGACGGACGCACACCAUCAGAUCUGGGCAUUCCGUGCUGGCGUGCUAGUGUGCUUUAUGUUCCUCAGAGGCCGCCAGUUAUGCCCGGAACACCAAAUCAGUUCCUUGACAAAAUACGGCAAUAUAAAGCUCAGAAGGCUCGAGCGCCUUUCGCAGACCCAGCCGACAUUGCUCUAGGUUGGAAUCUUCCAUUGGACACAUGGGACAAGCCAUGGAACCUGAUUAGUGGUGGUGAAAUUCAACGUACCGCAUUGGCAAUAGCAAUCUCUCAAAAACCAACUGUACUACUACUAGACGAACCAACAAGUGCUCUUGAUCAGGAGACCAGCUUACUAGUCGAACAAUCAUUAUCAGCUUUAACUUGCGUUAUGGUUACGCAUUCUGCCGAACAGGAGCAGCGUGUUGCCACCAGGACUUUGACUCUGCCAGGAAGGAACCAUUCAAAUGGUGGUGGUGUUUGA